CUCUUUACCUGUCCCUCUCCUGCUUUACCCAGCCCUUCAGAUGGCACAUCCCGUUUUGCUGUAGGGCAUUGCUGGGGGUUUGCUUUCCUCGGUUUAGAGCGCUCGGGUUUAGGCCGAUCUUCAGGAGAGGAGCCUGGAGGUCUCUGAGCAGCCAGGAGAGGGCAGCAGCCCGGCCGCGGGGGCUCGGGCUGGGGAAGGGCACCCUCGCGGAGGAGAUUGCGGCGGACCCGGAAGUACUCGGCCGCAGUCGCAGCCCCGGCCCGCCGGAGGGGGAAAAAGGCUGGGUGCCGCCGCCCCCCAGCUGCGCAUCCCCCAGGAAUUCUCGGGCAGGAACUUGGCUGUGUUGUCCUGCCUCAGAGACAAACUCAUCUGUUGUAGGCCUAGCGUGGGUUGCUGCCUUUGAAAACCAGGAAAGUUCAGUAGAACAUCAACCACAGCGUGGAAUUUCCAGGGAGGUCUCAUUUCAAAACUUCAUAGAGAACAGGAACCACCUGGACUUCUGUGAGGGCAAUGAUUAAACUGGCCUGAGUUUGAAUGAAAGGAUAAUGUGUGCCCAACCUGUAGCUAACACCAAGGAGGUCAAGUGGCAGAAGAUCUUGUAUGAGCGACAGCCCUUUCCAGAUAACUAUGUGGACCGGCGGUUCCUGGAAGAGCUUCGGAAAAACAUCCAUGCGCGGAAAUACCAAUAUUGGGCUGUGGUAUUUGAGUCCAGUGUGGUGGUCCAGCAGCUGUGCAGUGUUUGUGUUUUUGUAGUUAUCUGGUGGUAUAUGGAUGAGGGUCUUCUGGCCCCCCAUUGGCUUUUUGGGACUGGCCUGGCUUCUUCACUGAUUGGGUAUGUUUUGUUUGAUCUCAUUGAUGGAGGUGAAGGGCGAAGGAUGAGUGGGCAGACACGGUGGGCUGACCUGAAGAGUGCCCUAGUCUUCAUUACUUUCACUUAUGGGUUUUCACCAGUGCUAAAGACCCUGACAGAGUCUGUCAGCACAGACACCAUCUAUGCCAUGUCAGUCUUCAUGCUGUUAGGUCAUCUCAUCUUUUUUGACUAUGGUGCCAAUGCUGCCAUUGUAUCCAGCACACUGUCCUUGAACAUGGCCAUCUUUGCUUCUGUAUGCUUGGCAUCACGCCUUCCCCGGUCCCUGCAUGCCUUCAUCAUGGUGACAUUUGCCAUUCAGAUUUUUGCCCUAUGGCCCAUGUUACAGAAGAAACUAAAGGCAUGUACUCCCCGGAGCUAUGUGGGGGUCACACUGCUUUUUGCGUUUUCAGCCUUGGGAGGCCUACUGUCCAUUAGUGCUGUGGGAGCCAUACUCUUUGCCCUUCUGCUGGUGUCUAUCUCAUGUCUCUGUCCAUUCUACCUCAUUCGCCUGCAGCUUUUUAAGGAAAACAUUCAUGGGCCUUGGGAUGAAGCUGAAAUCAAGGAAGACUUGUCCAGGUUCCUCAGCUAAAUUAUGACAUCCAUUACAUAUUAAGGCAAGCUGAUAGAUUAGCCUCUUAACUAGUAUAAAACUUGAAGACUGAGUUCCAUUCUGGAAGCAGCAUGUCAUUGUGGUAAGAGAACAGAGAUCAAAACAAAAAAACGAACCAAAAGCUGAAAACAAGGAAAAGUUGGUAGAACAUCAACCGCAGCAUGGAAUUUCCAGGGAGGUCUUAUCUCAAAACUCCCUGGGUGGUAAGGGAGCUCAUCCUUUCUAUUAUUUUGUGGAUGAAAAAACUUUCUGGGUCUCUCUUGAAUUACACACUGUAACAUAUGAAGUGAUGUGGUUUCUAUUAAAAAAAUAACACAUUCA